AUGACACAGUUCUUAACACUCCUCUCUUUCUCCUCUCCUCAUCCCCUCCUCCUCUCCUCUCCCCCUCCCCUCCCCCUCUCCUCUCCCCCUCCCCUCCCCCUCUCCUCUCCCCCUCCCCUUCCCAUAUCCUCUCCCCCUCUCCUUCCCAUAUCCUCUCGUCCUCCCCUCCCCUCUCCUCUCCACCUCCCCUCCCCCUCUCCUCCCCCUCCCCUCCUCAUCUCUCCUCCCCCUCCCUUCCACCUUUCCUCUCCCCCUCCCCUCCCCUCUCCCUCUCCUCUCCCCCUCCCCUCCCCUCUCCAUCUCCUCCCCCCCUCACCUCCCCAUCUCCUCUUUCCCUCCCCUUCCCUUCCUCGUGAACACAACCCUCUCUUUCUCCCCACCCGCCCCGCCCUCUCGUCUGCCCGCCAGCUAACGGCAGCAUCCAGCGAAUCUCACAGAGCUCUGGUUCAGGUGCACACAGGGAACAACCUGCCCCUACUCUCUCCGCAACCCUCCCACAACCCCCUUCCUCCGCCCUCACUCUGCCUACCGGCAGCAUCCAUGAAGCAGGACAGGGCGCACAGAGAGCACACGCUCCCCAUACUCCUUCCCCCUCUUCCUCACAACUCCCCCCUCACCCCCCUCCUUCCUCCCCCCGCCCCCCCCCCCACCCCCCCCACUCUCAUCCCCCACCCAUACUUAUUCUCUGCUCUGCUUGCCAGCUACCGGCAGCGUGCAGUGAAUUUGGACAGAGCGUUCUACCGGCAGCGUGCAGUGAAUCUGGACAGGGCGCUCUUCCAGGCGCACAGAGGGCACAAGCUCAUGCGGGACGUGCGACCCGCUGUCACUCGCUUCCACGUCUUCAUGGGCAUUGCGUCCCUUCUUGAGCUACGUCCUAUGGGAGCCCGCCACUUGAACCCCCCCCUCCUCCCACAGAAGCCCACCACUCGUCCCUCAUCCGCUAAUUCCUAUGAGAGCCCACCGCUUAAAUCCUCCUCUUCACCUUCCACCGCCCCCCUCCCCGCUCUCCUCUCGCCACCACAACUCGCCAGGCUGCAACUGGAUCAAGGCGUCUCGUCCCUCCCUGCUAUACGUCCUAUGGGAGCCCUUCCUCCCCUCUCUACGGGAGUUCACCACCGGCACCCUACAUGCCAUGUCCCAUUCCCCCUCGCCCUCCCCACCGCACGCGCUCCAGGUUGCAACUGGAUCAAGGCGUCACGCCCCUUCCUGCACUACGUUUUAUGGUUGCAACUGGAUCAAGGCGCCGCGGCCCUUCCUGCGCUACGUCCUAUGGGAGCCCGCCAGCUGUACAUGGCUGACGUCAUCGACUCAGACGAGCACUACUUCAGCACCGUCGCCUGCCAGAAAGCUCGCUUCAACCGGUCCCUGCUCAACGCUAGCCUGCAUUUCGCCACAUUCGCCAAGGGCAGCCCGGGUAAGUUCACCUUCCCAGUGCUUGACUGUGUGUUGUGCCCCGCCAACCCCAUUCACUCGCACGAGCAUCACUUCAGCACCGUGGCCUGCCACUCGCCCCACUUCAACCGCACGCUCCUGAAUGCGAGUCUCCAUUUCGCCAAGGCCAGCCCGUCGAUCCCUUCCCUCUCCUCCCCUUCCCUGCAACCCCUUGUAUCCCCCGACUCCCCCAUCCCCUCAUCUCAGCACUCCCUCGAGCACUCCCUCAAGAUGAACGACUCCUUCUACAAGGCAUUCACCAGUGGCGUCGUCCUCUUUGCCAGGAAGUUUCCUCGCAACUCACAGACUCUGGAUAGGAUUGACAGGUUGUUACAACAUUGGCACUCCCUAUACCUCCUCUACCUCACCUUACCCCAUCUCACCUCUUCCCGUCCUUCCAUACCCUCAUCCUCCCUCGCCCAUCUUCCCUUUUCCCAUCCUUCUUUACACCUCCCCCCCCGCUUCCAUUUUCCCAUCCUCCCCCACUUGCUCGCAGGGAGCUGCUGCAGCGGCAGCCUGAUAGCAUCACCCCCGGCACUUGGUGCUCUCUCCCUGCCUCCACUGCCUCCAACCAUGCCUCGCCUCCCGAUUUUUACUCAACACCUGACCCCUCAAGCAGCGGUGAUGGCACCACUGGCAGCAGCAGCAGUGUUGGUGUUAUAG